AUGUCGACUCCUCUAAAAAAUGUCGUCUUGAUUGGUGCCAGUGGGACUGUUGGCCAAAUCAUUCUCCAGGCACUUCUUGCGUGCCCUGACAUCAACGUAACUGUGGUAUCUCGGAACACGAGCGAUGCCACUUUCCCACCGGAAGUCAGCGUGCGUAGAAUAGACUUUUCCGAGUCGGAAUUGUCUUCCGCUUUUACGGGACAGGAUGCUGUUAUUUCUGCAGUGGGUGCAACUGCGUUCACUGAGCAAAAGAAGUUCAUUGAUGCGGCAGUUCAUGCUGGCGUCAAGAGGUUCAUACCCUCUGAGUUCUCUUCGAAUACUCCAAACGAAUCUGUUCUUCGGAUGGUGCCAUUAUUCAACCAAAAGAAAGAUAUUCUUGACUAUCUUCAGUCAAAGGAGUCAGUUGGCCUAACAUGGACCGGUAUUGCAACUUCUCUUCUGUUUGAUUGGGGUCUAACAAGUGGCUUUCUCGGCUACGACCUAUCUAAGCGAACCGCAAUAAUCUGGGAUGGAGGAGAUAAGCGCUUUACCCUCAUCAACGAAAGGGAACUCGGACAGUGUGUGGUCUCCGUUUUGAAGCAUCCCCAAGAAACAAUCAACAAAUAUCUAUAUAUUUCAUCAGUUGAAGUUUCACAACAGGAGAUACUCCAGACUCUGGAAGCAGUGACUGCCUCCAAAUGGAAAGUGAUUAAUACAACUUCGGAUGCUCAAACAACAGAGGCUUUCAAGCGGCUCCGUGAUGGAGACUUCAGUGGAGGCUUAAUCUUGGUUCGUGCAACCAGUUACGCCAAUGAUCCUACUCUUCACGCCAAUUAUGCAACAGAUGAGGAGCUGGCAAAUGAUCUGUUAGGUUUGAAACCAGAAAGUGUGAAGCAAACCAUCAAGCGGGUUUUGGGCCAACAUGAAUGA